AUGACGUCAUUGCUCAUAUUCCUCUGCUUCUCUAUCGUCUCUCUAUCCACACAGUCUUUCUCGGUUUAUCGAUUGAUGCCAAAAUCACUGACGGAUUUUCAAGCCAUACAAAAAUUGUACAAAAAUGCGACGGAUCAUGAUUUAAAUUUCUGGAAAACCGGUAAAGACAAGCACGGCUUUUGGGAUGUGAUGGUGGAGAAGAAGAAUGAAAAUUUUUUAAUGGAUUAUUUCCACAAUAAUGGGAAUAUCUCACAUAUCAGAACAAUUGAUGAUGUCGAAAAACUGAUCUCAAAACACGAAAACAAUCAAACUUUGUCAAAAAUGUUUCCACGACUCUGGGAUGAUUCCUCAUCUGGACAUUACGAUUUCCAUACAUAUGGAUCAUAUCAGAGAAUGACUGAUUGGAUGAAACAAUUAGUUGUUAAAUAUCCAAAAAUGGUUCAAUACAUUUCAAUUGGAAAAACCACGGAAGGGAGGAAUAUCGAUGAGUGGGCUGCUCCCCACACGGCACUCUUUUUCAUUCACCAGCUCACUUCUCGCGCCAACGAGCCCGGGAUCAAGAAACUUCUCGAAGAGAUCACAUUUGUCGUAGUACCAUGUCUAAAUCCGGAUGGUUAUGAAUUCACGAGGUCCUCCACAAAUCCACAUGUCCGUCUGUGGCGUAAAAAUCGCUCGAAAAUGCAGUGUCGGCAGGAUAUCUGGGGCCGGAAUCGAUGCUGUCGUGGUGUUGAUUUGAACAGAAACUUUGAUUUCCAUUUUAGAGAGAGCGGUACCAGUGACGACCCGUGCUCGGAGAUCUAUCAAGGACCGGCUCCAUUCAGUGAGCCAGAAGCCAAAGCGUAUGAAGUUGGAAAGAAGGCUGCGCAAGCACUGAAACGAGUAUAUGGAACGAAAUAUGUGGUUGGAAGUGGUGCAGACACCUUAUAUCCGGCAUCUGGAGGAUCCGAAGAUUGGGCAAAACACGAGGCAAAAGUCAAAUUUGUCUACUUGUUGGAAUUGCGCCCCGAUGAGAAGAAUUGGGACGGUUUCAUUUUGGACGAGAAAGAGUUGAUUCCAACGGCUCGUGAAACUUGGGAAGGAGUUAGAGUGGUGGCUGAAGCUGUGCUGGAUAGGAUAGUGGCUGCAAAAGCUACUACGCCAAAAGAAGCACCAAAAGCUCGCGGGUUUCGAUUCGGCGACGGCACCGAAGGAUCGUGUUUCGAUGUUCGACACGCAUGUAAAAGAUGGGUUCAAGAGAGGGAAGAGCUGUGUCGAACGGUUCCAAUUUUCAUGAGAGAGAACUGCGCCUAUUCUUGCAAUUUCUGUUGA